CGGCUGCAAUUAAACGCAACUCAAUUUCGUAAAUGUGCCCUUCAGCUUAGCAACCAAUCAGAAUGAGGCGGGAAUUGUUAUAUCCGCCAUCUUUGUAAGCAAUGGCGGUCGGCUUUCUUCGUUCUGUGUUUCUUUCAGCUAUUUCUUUUGUGUAGCUAUGUAAUUUAAUGUUUCGGUGUGCUAAAAUGCCGCAGUUAGUGUAAUGUUCCAUAUGUUAGUUUGAAAUUUACUCCGAAUCUGCGAUUUUUUCUGGGUUUUUGCUGCUUCUACUCAAGUCAAUGUAUUUCUUCAGGCAAUCUGGCUAGUCUUGUGUCAUAAAAUGUUAAUGCGUUUUGUUCAGAGUUCUUUUUUUCAGAUGUCGGGAGUCAAGGUUAGUUUUGUUAGCUUAAAUGAGUGUUGAGGCUGUAUAUACAGAGUUCCAUAUGGAACUCUAAAUGUUGGCAUAAUCGUUCCUAGCUGGCAGGCAAGGUCGUUUUUCUUACGUCAUAAAAUCUUAAUCCGUUAUAUUUUGAGCAUUGUUUUUUAGAUAUCAAAAACCGAAGUCAGUUUUUUUUAGCUAAAAUAAAUGUUGCUGCCGCAUGUGACUGCAGAAUGAAAGAUUUGUUAUUUUCUGCAGUAUUAUGGAUCACGCUACUCCAUCAACCAGUCAAAGUAAUACUGAGUGUCCAGUGGCUGUGGAUACUGGUGAUGUCUUCGAAAGAAUUAUGAGACCCAGGCAGCUGACAAGCUGGGAGCAAGUCAGAGAAGCUAUCGAUAUGUUGCAAAAGAUGACUUGGACUCAUUAUGUAGUACGUGAAAGCAGGCUGAACAAAGAAAAGCCGGAAAUGCGCUACCAGUAUGUAGUGUAUGUAUGUUCUUUUGGCCAUAAAAAGAAGCCGGAGGGCCAUGGUCAGAGAGUAAAAGGAUCAAAGUUUAGUGGUUGCAAGGCCAUGUUUCGUUUACGAUAUGCUGUGAACCGGUUCGUCAUAUCGUCGUCGAGGAUGAUACAUAACCAUCCUUGUGAUGAAAAGUGUUUGAAAAAUGAUCCUUGGUUCAGAAGACUAAGUAAAGAUCAGCUGCAAGUUGUUCUACCGAUGGUUGAGACCGGAAGUAGUGCUGAAUCGAUUGUUAAUUAUGCAGAAAAAAAUUUCGAAAAGACAAUAACAGUGCAUUAUGUCAAUAAUUUAAAAUAUAAAUUUGUCGAACGUUGUGGAAGUUUAAACGAUGUAAUUGCGACCUUAAGGAACAAUGGGAAAUUGUUCGUCUCUUAUGGGGGUGUGGCUAACCAGGUCACAAAGAUAGCAUUUAGCACACACGAGCAAAUUGUAACGUACAAACGGUUCCCUGAAGUUGUGUGUUUGGACUCAACAUACAACACGAACAGGGGAAAUUAUAAACUCUUUCAGCUGGUUUGUACAGAUAACUGCGGGCAUGGAGUCCCAGUUAUGUUUGCUUGGACUAAGGAAGAGAAGAAGGUUGAUGUAGUAUGGAUACUAGAUCAUUUUAAGAAGAUCAUGAAUGGAACCAGUCAAACGGAAACGUUUGUGAUGGAUUGUGCAAGACCCAUCAUAUCCGCUGUUGAAUUAACGCACCGUACUGCCCACAUAGCUCUAUGCUCUUUUCACGUGUGUAGAGCUAUGUGUAAGAAGACCCGCAAUCCAAUAAUCAAGCAGUACUUAUGUCAACUGGUACGUGAACAAACAGUAGCUAAGUUUAAUCAGACACGACGCAUAAUCAGUGUACGCAGCAGACGCAUCGCAGCCUACUUAAACAAGAACUGGAUGAGUAGGAAAGAAACUUGGGCCGCAGCUUUCAAUAGCAAUGUCGUUACGUUGGGUAACAACACGAACAACCGGGUUGAAAGUGCGCACAGACAACUGAAGAGAAAGUUGUCUAACCGAGACGCGUUGAGUAAAUGUAUGUGGAAAACAUUUACAUGGCAGAGGCAAUUAGGCAAACGUAGGUCACUACAAUCCAGCUUACACUGUAGUCACAAACGCAGAUACGUAGCUGAAGAAUGCUUAAUGCCUCUACUAAGCAAGCUAACCACCUAUGCUGGCUUUAUAGUCCUUAAAGACUAUAAAAAAAGGGGACUGAUGUACAUCAAAAAUAUCCAGUCACCCUUUGUGUUCUUCAUAGACGGCCAUCAAUGUCCGGUAGUGGAUAUAAGCAACGGCACUUGCACCUGCCGUUUAUUUAAAACCUGUCGAAUUCCAUGUAAGCACAUGGUUUUUACUCAUCUACAAAUGCCAGAGUUCACAGUUGAUUUAGUUUUGAAGCUCUGUUGCAGAUGGACUUGGCAGGCUAUUCAAGAUGUAGAUGGAAAUAUACCAGCUAUUCCGUCUCCAGAUUAUAAUGAAACGAACAGACUUUAUCGCACUCUACGCAGUAAAAUCCACACGCUCAGUACACUUUUCGGACAGACAACGGUGCAGGACACACUAAGGCAAUUGAUAGAUCAAGUUGAUGAAUUAAUACGCAUGAGGCGUCUGGCUACAGUUUCCGAACAUGAUAAUCAAUGAACACAAAUCUCGUCAUGUGCGUCUGCCGCGUUGCCAGUUUCUGUUAAUACCUUAUUAAAUAAAAGUCUUGUAUUCGGUAAA